ACGCACACCCUGGUGAUUUUUUUUUUAGAGGCACCUCUGUGGCCUAAGGAGGUGCUGGAGCCAGUGGUGGUGAGCGAGGGCUCGUCGCUGGUCCUCCCCUGCAACCCCCCUCCGGGCCUCCCGCCUCCGUUCACUUUCUGGAUGAGCAGUAUGAUGAUUCCGAUCCGACAAGAUAAGCGAGUGUCCAUGGGUUUGAACGGAGACAUGUACUUUUCCAACGUGGUGGCCCAAGAUGCUCAGAACGACUACAGCUGCAACGCUCGCUUCCUCUUUACGCACACCAUCCAGCAGAAGAACCCCUUCACUCUCAAAGUUCUUACCAGCCGUAAAGUUGCUGAGUCCACGCCAACCUUCCUCACACCGUCGGGGAGCGAGAGCUCCAAAAUGGUGCUGAGAGACCAGCAACUGCUGCUGGAGUGUAUUGCUGCUGGACUCCCCACGCCGGCUAUCAAAUGGUUUAAGAAGGGCGGCGAUCUGCCGGCACAGAAAGUCAAGUUUGAGAAUUACAACAAGACCAUGAAGAUUGUGGCCGUGUCUGAGGAGGACACGGGGGAAUACGUCUGCAUGGCCACCAAUCAUUUAGGGAGCAUCCGCCACUCCAUUUUUGUUCAAGUGAAAGCGGCUCCUUACUGGCUGGACAAACCGACCAACUUGGUGCUAGCUCCAGAAGCCAAUGGCCGCCUGGUGUGUCGGGCCAACGGCAACCCCAAACCCAGCAUCCGAUGGCUGGUUAACGGCAUUCCCAUAAACAGCUCUUUGCCUGACCCGAGUCGCCAACUCAUGGGCGACACCAUCAUCUUCCGCUCGGUGCAGAUGGGAAGCAGCGCGGUCUACCAAUGCAACGCCUCCAACCAGCACGGUUAUCUUCUGGCAAAUGCCUUUGUCAGUGUCAUCGAUAUGCGUCCAAGGAUACUUGGGCCAAAAAAUCAACUGAUCAAAGUCAUCGAGAACAACCGCACCUUUCUGGACUGCCUUUUCGGUUCCCCUAUUCCAGAUUUACGCUGGUUUAAGAACGGACAAGGCAGCGGCCUAGACGGCGGACAUUACCGCGCUUAUGUCAACGGCAGCCUGGAGAUCCAACGUGCCAGAGCGCAGGACGAGGGCACCUACACUUGCGUGGCCAGCAGCAUUCUGGGCAUGGCUGAAAACCAGGUCCGCCUGGAGGUCAAAGAGCCCAGCCGUAUCGUCGGGGCCCCUGAACACCAGUCGGCCAUCAGGGGGUCCACGGCUCGUUUUGACUGCAAAGUCAAAUUUGAUCCCAGCCUGGCUGCCACUGUGACUUGGACCAAGGAUGACAAGCCCAUCCAUCUGGGAUGGAGGCUGAGGAAAGACGAGGAAUCGCUGACCGUCCCGAACGUCAACGAGGGGGACGAAGGAACUUACACGUGUACUGUUGAAACCGAGAUUGACCGGGACUCGGCCUCGGCUCGUCUCACCGUGUUAGAAGAAGCCUCCCUCAACCCCUCACUUUCUAGUGCCUUGCCUCCAGACCUCCCCGACCCUCCUAUGGAUCUGGAGCUGUCAGAUCCGGCAGCCCGGAGUGUUCGCCUCACCUGGAUCCCUGGAAAUGACCACAGAAGUCCCGUCACAGUUUUUGGCCAGUUUGUGGAAGACCGCUGGGAGCCAGGAAGAUGGCAGGACCUGGCCACCUACCCCGGGGACCUCAACUCGGUCAUUCUGCAGCUGGCUCCCUUUGUCAACUACCAGUUCCGAGUUAUUGCCAUCAACCAGGUGGGCCGGAGUGCGGCCAGCAGACCCUCACCCCAAUACCAAACCAGUAGCGCUGCUCCUGAUGUUAUACCCAGAGGCCUCCGAGGCUGGGGCUCACAGAAAGACAACAUGGAGAUCACCUGGGAGCCCCUGCUUGAUCUGGAGAAGAACGGCCCUAAUUUGCACUACGCCGUGUGGUGGAGACGCAAAGAUUCCGAUGCCGAGUGGAGCAAUGUGACCACAACGGGGACCAAACAUGUUGUCCACAACACACAAACCUAUGUAGCCUAUGAAAUGAAAAUCCAGGCCAGGAAUGAUCUUGGAGCAGGACCAGAGUCCAAUGUGGUCAUUGGACACUCGGGAGAAGACCGACCCACCGGCGCUCCGACCGAGCUGCGCCUUUCUAAGGUAGACAGCACCAAAGCAAAUGUCCACUGGAAGCCCGUCAAGCAGGAGUCGGUCCGAGGAGAAUUCAAGGAGUAUAGACUGCACUAUUGGCGUGAGGCCAGUCACGUGCCCGCUUUGGUGUUUAGCAAGGAGAACAAGACCAAAGGUUUCUACACCACCGUGGCCGAGCCGUCGGGCAUCCUCAGCGACCUGGUGCCCUUUUCGCGCUACAAGAUGUUUAUGGUUGUGGCCAACAAUGGUUACCAAGGUCCGCCCAGCAACACGGUUGAAUUCAGCACAAAGGAAGGAGUGCCCGACGCUCCCAGUUUUUUCAGGAUCAAGCGAAGAGGCUUGGAUUCCAUUCAUCUGGAGUGGGACAAACCUCUGGAGCCAAAUGGUCUCCUCAUUGGAUACCAGCUCAAAUACCAAACAGCCAACACUUUCCUUCCAAACGUGACGGAGUUCACGCUCCGUCUUCCCGAUCGCUCCAGCCGCUACAAUUUCUACCUGUCGGCGCUCACCCAGGUGGGAGCGGGCGAGGUCUUUGCUGAAGAAUCCCCCUUCUUUGGCAACGAAGAAAACUUUACUGAUGCUACAGGUCUAGUUGAGCUUACGGAUGCCUCUUUGGCUUCAGCUUUCACUCUUACUCCUCCUCCCACUCCUACAACAAUUAGUACCUCACCUUCUCUUCCAAUGUCUACAACGAUAGAGGCUACUACUCCUACCACUACUAGUACUACUGCUACUACCAGCAUUGAGGCCGACCCUACCACACUACCGUCUGUGCUGGUCAUCAACAAGAAUAUUGAUAAGAAUGUGUUGGGUACAUUUGAUUUUUUUUUUUUUUUCUUUCUUUCUUCUACUUGGCCUUCACAAACAGUGGAACCUCUCAAGUUGAACAUUGUGGGUAGAUGGACUACUUUGGAUUUGUUUGAAGAUGUUUUCCCAAAAGGGCUUCCCUUUACCUCAGACACCCAUUACGCAGUGGCCCACGGGCGAGAGAUCUGGAAUGUGACGGUGGAGCAUAACAGUAACUACGCUAACGUCAGCUGGAGACACAACUUCCCGGCCGGCAGCAGCGAGUUUGUGCUAGAGUUCACACUGGACAGGGACAAGACAAUGAAAACUGUACCAGUGAGUCAACAGCCCCCCAUUACAGUGGCGGAUUUGAUGGCGGGUGCCAAGUACCAUCUGAGAGUUUACUCCCAUGAACUCAGCAACGUCACCAGCAAAUCUGUCACCUUUGAGACCAAGCAAGGUGAGGGUUUGAUCGGAUCGGAUCUGGAAAGAAAAGCUUAUAGUGUCUUGCUUUUUCUCCCUUGGUGCAUGUGCGUGCGGCGGGCGGCCUAUAUUGACCAGGUGGACAUCGCAACGCAAGGCUGGUUCAUCGGCUUGAUGUGCGCCAUCGCCCUCAUCAUACUGAUCCUUCUCAUCGUCUGCUUCAUCAAACGGAGUCGUGGAGGCAAAUAUCCAGUUCGAGAUAAAAAAGAUCUUCCUUUGGACUCUGUUGAUCACAAAGACCCGGACGGAUCCUUUGAAUACCAGAACCAAAACAAGAACAGCAGCGACGAGGACAACAAGCCUCUUCAAGGUAGCCAAACAUCACUGGAGGGCAACGUGAAGGAGAGCGAUGACAGCCUGGUGGACUACGGAGAAGGCGGCGACGGGCAGUUCAACGAGGACGGCUCUUUCAUCGGCCAGUACACGGUAAAGAAGGACAAGGACGAGACUGAAGGCAACGAAAGCUCAGAAGCCACCUCGCCUGUCAAUGCCAUCUACUCCCUGGCGUAGUGCAACUUUUUAGACUCGCUCGCUCGCUCGCUCGCUCACACGGCCUAGCGCACAGGUGAAGGAAGACUCCAUAUGAAUACGUAGUAUAUGCGACUGUGAGCUAUCAGCUCAUGCCUUUUUUUUCCAUUUCCACAAGUUGGAGAAGAAAUGUGGUCAAUUUGCUUUUGUUCUCAGCCAGCCUGGCUGGCUGGCUGGCUGGCUGGGGCCGGCCGGCUGCCCUUUCUCCACACAGACUUGAGUGUGCCUUCGGGGUAGCUUUCAGCGGCCUCCAAAAGCGCUCUGUUUUUUUUCCCAUGAGUACUAGGUUCAACGGCAUAUCGGCCUACAAGCGUCAAACUCGGCAGGAUGCUAGCAGAUAGUUUAUCAUAUUGAUACAUAUACACAAAGAAAGAUUGGAAUUUUCCACUGCUGGUAGAUGUCUCAUUCAAUCUUAAAGAAUGCUGUACACAAUUUAGCG